ACCCACCCACGCACCCACCCACUCACCCACGCACGCCUCGGUUAUCGGGGCGGCGGGCGGCCCGGCCGCGGUGCUGGGGUUGGGAGAUACGCUCUCGGAUGCGAGCCGCAGCGUGCCGGCGGUGGCUCGGCCGCAGCCAGGGCAGCUGGCCCGGUAGCCCAGGGAGGGUAAUUCGGUGGCCAGGCAAACAGAGGAGGCCAGGGGGGGUGUCCCCCCCCCCCCCACCACCCCAGCUCCCCCCACGGCUGGAGGGAUGAGGUGUCCUGGGUUUUAGAGGCAGCACCCAAGCCCCAGCCCAGCGUUAGCACCCAGAGGGAUGUGGAGCCACAGAGGCAGCGGACCCUGUGACUGACACAGCCCCUCCAGCCCCACAGCUGAAUGGAAAGACUGCAGAAGCAACCGCUGACCUCCCCUGGGAGCGUCUGUUCCUCCCGCGGGUCCAGUGUCCCCGGAUCGCCCUCCAGCAUCGUGGCCAAAAUGGACAACGAGGUUCUGGGCUACAAGGACCUGGCUGCCAUCCCCAAGGACAAAGCGAUCCUGGACAUCGAGCGCCCCGACUUGAUGAUCUACGAACCCCAUUUCACUUAUUCACUCAUGGAGCACGUGGAGCUGCCCCGGAGCCGAGAGCGUUCUCUGUCUCCCAAAUCCAUCUCCCCUCCUCCAUCUCCGGAGGUCAUCCGGGAGUGGCUGGAGAGCCGGACCCCCGGCAGCACCUCGCAGCCCACCUCUCGCCAGGGCAGCAGCUCAGCCCGCAGCAGCGUGCAGCACUUCCACCGACCCGAGACCGACACGACGGAGCUCAACAUAUACAAGAAGCCUCCGAUCUACAGGCAGAAAGACCACCAUCCUGGCGCCCACCACGGGAAGCAUCUCAUAGAGGACUUGAUCAUCGAAUCCUCCAAAUUCCCGGCGGCGCAGCCCCCAGACCCCAACCAACCCGCCAAGAUCGAGACCGACUACUGGCCGUGCCCCCCAUCCCUGGCCGUUGUGGAGACGGAGUGGAGGAGGCGGAUGGCCUCCAAGAGAGGGGAGGAGGAGGAGGAAGACCUGACGGAGGAGAUGAAGAACCUGCGGGAGCUCCAGAGGCAGGAGCUGAGCAAGGUCACCUCCAACCUCGGGAAGCUGAUCUUGAAGGAGGAGAUGGAGAAAUCGCUCCCCAUCCGGAGGAAAACCCGCUCGCUGCCGGACCGGACACCCUUCCACACGUCUCUGCACAUGGGGAGCUACAAGAGCUCCUCGCUGCCCGCCUCUGGCAGGAGCACCCUCACCCGGCUGCAGUCGGCAGAGUUCAGCUCGGCGGGCAGCGAGAAGAGCAGUCCGGGCCUGCAGAACGGCCAACGUGGACGCAUGGACAGAGGGAAUUCCCUGCCCAGCAUGUUGGAGCAAAAGAUCUACCCCUAUGAGAUGCUGAUGGUGACAAACCGAGGCCGUGUGAAGCUGCCGCCCGGCGUGGACAGGACCCGGCUAGAGCGGCACCUCUCCCCCGAGGAUUUCGUGCGGGUCUUCGAGAUGCCCCCCGAGGAGUUCAGCAAGCUGGCCCUCUGGAAGCGCAACGAGCUGAAGAAGAAAGCCUUCCUCUUCUGAGCCCUCCUCGGCCCCGAGCUCAGUCCAUGUCGCGCCGUGUAACCGCUUUAGGGCUCUCAGCCGGUUUUUACUAAGACCCCCCCCCCUGCCGCCCCCCCGCCUUUCCCCUCUCCCCCAGCCCCCCCCCCCCCGGCUCUGCUCCCCACCUCGCUCUUCCUGCGGGCAAAGGGCUCGGGGGGGGCUCAAACCUGCCUCCACCACCCGGCUGGAGCGGGGAGAUGGGGCUGGGGGCACGGAGCAGGCACGGUUCAGCCAGGAGGGGAGAUGUGUGUGUGUGUGGGGGGGGUGUCUCCGUGCUUUGUGCCCCCCCGACUCUGCCCCCGGGCACGCUGGCAGGGGCAGGGUCUGGCUCUGCUUUCGGCUGGCCGGGAGUGUGCCGGCUUCGGUGCGUGGGUGGCUUCCCUCCUCUCCUGGAGGGGGGUCAUCAGGCUCCAACCCCCACACCCAGGGUGCCCCCUGCCCCCCCUGGGUUCUCCCCCCCCCCUACCCCUCCACACCUUCACCCCAAAACUUGGGAAGAGCCUGGGGGCCAACUCACUGCCAGACCGAUUUGCUCUCAAAAAAGCCAGGCCUUGCCCCCCCAUUUAUCAUCAUCCACCCCCCCCCCCACGCAAGGACACGUACACUGCCAAAACCUGCCCAGCACCGGCAGGGUUGGGGUGCCAGUGAGGUGGGAUGGGGCAGGGGGGUGGCAGAGGGGGGGUCCUGGUGGGACCCUGAGGCAGCUCCUGCUGCAUUUCUAACAGCCGAUGCGCCCUUAGCCGGGGGGGGGGAUGCACUGGGGGGGAUGCAGCAGAGCUUUGGGGUGGCACAGCCAGGCGGAAAGAAGUGGGGUACAGCUCAAUGGGGUGGGGGCAGCUCUGCCUGCCCCCCCCCCAGCCGUGCAGGCAGGGCUCGACACCGGGCAGCACCUUCCUUCCCUCCUCCCACCUCUUCCAUCCCCUCUUUGGGCACUCGUUUUUUGGGCAGGACCCCUCUGCCCCCACACCCCCCGGCCCCCCACGCUCCCCGGUUUUUGUUUCCAGCCACUUUCCAGCCGCUAGACCUUGUUGGGAUGUAAAGAAUGUAAUUUAUCGGGAAAUCACUGGCCCAUACUUGCCUUUCACUGCUACUCUACAAACAACAUAUCUAUAAAUAUAUAUAUAAAUAUGGGUUGUUUUCUGACUGGACUACAGUGAUUCACUUUCUCUGUUUUGUUAGAGUUUAUUUUAUUUGCUGGUGUCGGAGAAUCCGCGUGAGAGUGAUUUUUUGCUUACAAUUAAAGGUGAAAUGGCUUUAUCGA